AUGAGUGAAGAAGGUCCUCCAAAGUUAUACAACAACAAGCCUCGAAAAGCGCAGCUGAAGCAGCUUCGAGGGCAACAUAAAUCGCAGGAGUUCUCCUCGCCGGCGGCGAUGGGGACCCACGGCCACGCCGCUGUGCCACCCCCGCCGCCGCCAAAAGAACCGUUUGUUCGGCGCUACAAAUUUGUUUGGCCUAUACUUUUGGCUGUGAAUCUCGGUGUCGGAGCUUACUUGUUUAUGGGGUGGAAGAAGAAAGAUACUAGUGACGAGGAGCAAGAUGUAAGUCCUGUCUCAACUAAAGAUGCUGCUGUUCAUGUUGUUGAGACGUCUGUGUCCACACCACCUAUUGCAAAUCCUGUGAUCAAACAAGAACCAAUUCCUGAAAAUCAACAACGUGAACUGUUGAAAUGGAUAUUGGAAGAGAAGAGGAAGGUUAAGCCAAAAGAUGCAGAGGAGAAACAAAAGAUUGAUGAUGAGAAAGCUCUGAUUAAAACGCUUAUUCGGUCAAAAUCCAUCCCAAGUGUCUAG